CGAAAGUGUUGUUAUAGUAGUUCACAGCUCUUCGUGAAUUGAUUGACCACCGAAAUCGAUGAAGUCCCCAUUCACCAGCCAUCUCUAAGCAUCUCUUCAUUCCCUCUAGAAGGUUAAUCUCUCAAUUCGGAGUUUCUAGAGUUUGAUUUUACAAACAAAAUCAGACAAAUAUGGCAAGACAUCCUAUUGGUGGUAGCAGCAGCCGAUUCAGGUCUGGAAGUACUAGGUCUGCUAGUACUGGAUCGCCUACUACUACUCCUAACUUUAAUAAAGUGAACUGGCCAAGGGGGUUGCUCAAUUCACAAGGCUCUCCAUCAACUGAUGGUGCACACACAGCUGGACAUCCAAGUGUAGGGAGUCAACGUGUGUCUUCCUCAGAUGGUGACAAUUCUCCAAGCCAAGGUACUGGGAAUCAAGCAGAGGGACGUGGAUGGCACGACGCUUUUCAUCAGGAAGAUAAUGAUCCUGGUGAUACCGAGGAAAGCAUGGUAAAUGAUGAUCAACUUCCAUAAAUUCCAUUCAAUUCCUUGGGACAACCAAUAUAAGAUAUUUCAAAGAAAUAUGCUUCCAGAAUUGGAGUAAUAACUAGGAAUGUUGUCUCACCACAUUAUGAGGAUUGGAGGAUAGUCCCAUCGGAUUAUAAGGAUGAAAUUUGGAGGAGCCUUAAGAAUGAGUACAAGGUACCUGAAGUCAUCAAGGGCAAGGUUUUAAGAUGGAAAAUAAAUCAUGGAAGAACAGAAAGACUAAACUUAG